AUGCUUUCCUCGUUGAGAAUUGCGUCGCGGCGGGUGGCCCCCCGGAAUUUCACGGCCAUCCGUGCUGCCUCCACAUGGGCUAACGUGCCCCAAGGUCCUCCUGCCAUUCUCGGUAUCACGGAAGCAUUCAAGGCCGACUCGUUCGAGAAGAAGAUCAACCUCGGUGUUGGCGCUUACCGCGAUGACAAGGGAAAGCCCUAUGUGCUGCCGUCGGUGCGCAAGGCUGAGGAGAACGUGAUCUCGUCGCGCCUCAACAAGGAAUACGCCGGCAUCACCGGUGUACCCGAAUUCACCAAGGCGGCUGCCGUGCUCGCCUAUGGCAAGGACAGCUCGGCCCUCGACCGCCUGGCCAUUACCCAGUCCAUCUCCGGAACCGGUGCCCUCCGGAUCGGCGCGGCUUUCAUCGAGCGCUUCUAUCCCGGCGCCAAGACCAUCUACAUCCCCACGCCGUCGUGGGCCAACCACGCUGCCGUCUUCAAGGACGCCGGUCUUCAAGUCGAGAAGUACGCUUACUACAACAAGGACACCAUUGGCCUGGACUUUGAGGGCCUUCUCGCCGAUGUCAACAAGGCCCCUAACGGAAGCGUGUUCCUCUUCCACGCCUGCGCGCACAACCCCACCGGUGUUGACCCCACCCCCGAGCAGUGGAAGCAGAUCGAAGCGGCCGUGAAGGCGAAGGGCCACUUUUCCUUCUUCGACAUGGCCUACCAGGGUUUUGCCAGCGGUGACAUCCACAAGGAUGCCUUUGCGGUGCGCUACUUCGUGGAGCAGGGCCACAACAUCGUCCUCUCCCAGUCUUUCGCCAAGAACAUGGGCCUGUACGGCGAGCGCAUCGGCGCGUUUUCCGCGGUGUGCGCCGACGCCGAGGAGCGCAAGCGCGUUGACUCGCAGAUCAAGAUUCUCGUCCGCCCCCUGUACUCGAACCCGCCCAUCCACGGUGCGCGUAUCGCCGCCGAGAUUCUCAACACCCCGGCCCUGUACGACCAGUGGCUGGUCGAAGUCAAGGCGAUGGCCGACCGCAUCAUCACCAUGCGCGCUCUGCUCAAGGACAACCUCGAGAAGCUUGGCUCCAAGCACGACUGGAGCCACAUCACCAGCCAGAUCGGCAUGUUCGCCUACACUGGCUUGAACCCUGACCAGAUGGACAAGCUGGCCAAGGAGCACAGCGUGUACGCCACCCGCGACGGCCGCAUCUCGGUCGCCGGUAUCACCUCUGACAACGUCGGUCGCCUGGCCGAGGCCAUUUUCAAGGUCAAGGGUUAA